AUGGCCUUACCCCCCCUGCAGCUGAAGUUCGUAGCUGAUGAAGAAGCUCAACUCUUACACGACGACGAGAACGGCGCCUAUGAGCAGUUCGAACUAGAUGAUACGUCUCAACCAGGCCAGGGACAACAACUGCCACCACAAGGCCGGCCAAGUUCAAGAGGAUUUUGGGCAAGGGACCGGGCCCCCAGAUGGCUUGCCUUCCUCUACGGCCCUGACCCGCCCAAGAUCCAUACCAUCAACCCCAUAUUCCCUUCGGUGCAGGAGAUUCCUAUCAGAUGGCUUAAGAAGACGCUACCGCGGCGAUGGCAACGAGUAACCCUACUGGUUUUGUUCCUCCUCGCCUGGGCCACCUCACUCGCCGUCCCCCUGAUUCUGAGCAAAGGGACAGCCACCGACGCAUCUGGUGCCGCAAUCCGCCAUGUUGACUGCGUCGAUACCCUCUGGAAACGCAACAACGAGUGCGGCCUUGACGGCGACAACUGCCGUCCCUUUUCCAACACCUCUUUUGCCUUCCGCUGCCCGGCCGACUGCGCCAGCGUUCGCGUGUUGAACCCGCAUCAUGUCGGGAGCCAGGACGUCAACUUUCGACCUCUGGUCAUUGGUGGUGGUGGUGACGGACCCUACCGCGGUGACUCCUUUAUCUGCGGCGCCGCCAUCCACGCGGGUGUCAUUGGCGACUCCACAGGUGGGUGCGGCGUCGCGACUCUGGUCGGAGAGUACUACCAGUACUUCUCUUCUUCCCAACACAACAUCGAGUCGAUCCCUUUCGACUCCUACUUCCCGCUCUCCUUCACCAUCACCACCGACCCCACCCUCAAAUGCACUAGCCCCGACCCGCGCUGGACAGUCUCACUCCCGCUCUCCAUCCUCUUCACCGUCCUCCUCGCCCUCUUCACCACCUCGGUCCCACUCCUCUUCUUCACGACCUUCCUCGGCAUAUUCACGCACGUCGCGCUCGUCUCGGACCCGCCCAACCUCUCAACCGCCUCCACAACCUACCUCCUCCCAUCCCUAAUCUCCCACUACGCCGGCCGCCUCCUCCCCGCCCUCUUCACCGCGACAAUCAUCUACCUCACCAGCAGGUAUAGGGGGUGGUUUGCGGAGCGGCCGUUGGAGGAGCAGGUGUUUAGGUGGGCGAGGGAGGCGGGGCGGGUGGUGGAUGAGUAUUUCCGGUUUGGGUUUGUCACUCAGGGUGGGAGGGCGUUGGACUACACCGAGGCUGGGACGUGGUUUGCGAAUGGGAGUUGGAGUCAGGGGGCUGGGUACUGGUGAUGCCGUUUCUUCUCGGGUUUUGAAUAGGCGUUUUGUAUGUAUGUACAUACAGCAUUCACGGGGCUUGGACCGCGUGCCUUCCUGUCCCCCCUUUUCCAUCCGAACCCCUUGCCCACCGCCUUCCCGCCACCCCACCCGCUAGCGCUAUAUAUACAGGUUCCGCAGUCAUAAUGUCACCGCCUCCUCUCCCAAUUGUCAAGCACCGGUUUGGUUCAACGGCAUUGGGAGGAGGACCGGUUGGAUACCAAUCGAAAGAGGGCCGGUUCGAUUCCACCUCGCGACGCAAAACCACCCGGUUUU